AUGAGGAAGAAAACACCUGAACAUUCAUCUCAUGAAGAAGAAGAUUUGGGUAGUAACAUUGAAGAAAGAACAUUAAGUAAAAAUAUGAAAGUUCAAGCUGAAAAUGAACCAUACACAUGUGCAAUUUUUUUAACACCAUUUACUGCAGCAUGUACUCUGAAAUCACAUAUGGUGACUCACACUGGAGAAAAGCCUUAUAAGUGUGAUACUUGUUUGAAACAGUUUACUGCACCAAGUGCUCUGAAAUCACAUAUAGUGAUUCACACUGGAGAAAAGCUUUAUAAGUGCGAGAUUUGUCUUAAGCAGUUUCCUCGAGUAAGCAGUUUAAAAUUACACGUGAUGACUCACACUGAAGAAAAGCGCUAUAAAUGCGAGAUUUGUCUAAAGCCGUUUAUUCAAGCCGGUCAUUUAAAAUUGCAUAUGAUGACUCACGCUGGAGAAAAACCUCAUAAAUGUGAAAUUUGUUUGAAACAGUUUAUUGUACCAAGUCGUCUGAAAAUACAUAUGAUGACUCACACUGGAAAAAAGCCUUACAAGUGCGAGAUUUGUCUUAAGCAAUUUACUCAGACUAGUCAUUUGAAACCACAUAUGAUGACUCACACUGGACAAAAGCCUUAUAGGUGUGAUAUUUGUUUGAAGCACUUUACUCAGGCAAGUAAUCUGAAAGCACAUUUGAGAGUACACACUGGAGAAAAGUAUUACAAGUGUCAUAUUUGUUUGAAACAGUUUACUCAAGCCUGUAGUUUAAAAUCACACAUGAUGACUCACGCUGGAGAAAAGUCUUAUAAGUGUAAAAUUUGUUUGAAGCAGUUUACUGAGGCAAGUGCUUUGAAAAAACACUUGAGAAUACACACUGGAGAAAAGCCUUACAAGUGCGAGAUUUGUCUUAAGCAAUUUACUCAAGCCGGUAAUUUGAAAUCACAUAUGAUGACUCACACUGGACAAAAGCCCUAUAAGUGUGAUAUUUGUUUGAAGCAGUUUACUCAGGCAAUUCAUUUGAAAACACAUUAUUUAAGAACACACACUGGAGAGCAGUUUGAAGCAGUUUACUAA